AUGCAAGGGACCGCGGCCGCGGAACCGGCGGCGGACGGGGCUGGUGCGCAAGCGCCGGCCACCGUCGUGCUGCAGGCCUGCACCGGGGGUGCGUCGCAGGUCAGGCUGAUAAGGCCUGGCUACGCGACCAUCGAGGUCGACCUGAAGCACGAGAAGGCCGCGGGCGACCGCGAGUCUGUGCAGGCGGCGGAGCGCUCGUUCAUCGAGCGCACCGCGCCGCGGAAGAAGGAGGAGCUGACGGAGGAGCAGAAGGAUGCUCGGGCCGCGGCUCGCAGGGCCAAAAAGGCCCGGCAGAAGGCGAACAGGGCGAAGAAGAAGGCUGCGGCGGCGGCUGCGAGCGAGGCCGAGCGUGCGGGCUACCCGUACGCGCAGCUGCGCGAGAACGCCAUGUUCGUGAUGGAGGGCCUGGAGGCUGCGACGCAGGCGGCGCGCAUCCCCACCGGGUCCAACAUUCAGGUCGCCUACGCGCUGCCUCCAGAGGGGGGCAGCGGGUUCGGCGACAUGGUGUACGCCACGGUCCCUAUGGGCUCCGUGGCGACGAAGGUCGCCCGGGACUGGCUCGCCAACGAGCUCUACGAGCCGUCCCGGCGAGGCAAAAUUGAUGCGGCCUGCAGGGACCGAAAGGUUGCCGACCUGAUCACGGCUGCCGGCGCCUCGGCGCCGGCCGACGCCGUGUUCGGCGGCAGGUUCGCGACGGGCGAGACGCCCCGCCCGACGACCUCCGCCUCCGAGGCGGACGAGGGCGACGGCGGCGAUGGCGGGGCCGAGAACAUCGGCGUUUUGGGCGACAACAGCGCUGCGACCGCGAAGUGGCGGUGGACAUGCUCCCACGGUGCCGACGCGGCGCCGGAGUGGCCCGCGCUGCUCGCCGCGACCACGACGGCUACUCCGCUGCUCCGGGCCGACCCGUCCUACCCGACGGUGGCACUCUUCCACGUCUCGCUCACGCUGAGAAAAAUUCUGAAACGGCGUGCAGCAUAG